UAUAACUAAAAAUGGCAAAGGCCUGUAUAUCAGCCUUGCCUCUGGGGUGUUGAAGCAUCGCUUUCUGAUUCACGUGCUUCGUAUGCUGCAUUCUGCACAAGGACUUUUGACUGGGGCAUUACUUGGGUCAUUAUAUACCUUCAUCAGGCAUCAACAUCUUGGGGAUGCGUGCGGAGCAGGGCAUUUGUUUACAGAACUUCCCCCUCUAGGAUUCGGUGUUCAGCCACCUUGCACGUUGGCUUGGGCCAGUCAGUGGUGUGGAUACGCGUGUGCUUUCUGUGUUGGAGCAGGGAGGAUGAAACCAUCCAAUCCGGCUUGUCCAACAAGCAGCCCACUGAAUGCGGCAAGGGCAUUCCUGUGCCGGUCACAUCGUCGCUUGUGCGCGUGUGUCUUUGAGAGAAGGAGAAUACGUGCACCAUACAGUGCGUUUCUCCAAUUUCCCAGCGCAACAAAGCUAAGCCGUGAUGGAGGCAGGACGGCAAUCUUGUAGGCACGAUGAGGAGGCGGUGGUGGAUCGCGGAAAGACCAGCACCAUCCACACGACCAACUUUGAGAAGGAAGACCUGGAUGCUCACCGGACCGUGUAUAUCGGCCUGCACGUGCCCUCGGGCAGACGCAGUCACCGGCGUCACCGACAUCGGGGCCACCGGCACCACCACCGGCGACGGGAACGCGAGCGGGAGGCGAGCCAGGAUGACGCCGAGUCAUCUGCUUAUGAUACGCCGUCGCAGCGUGUGCAGUUCAUCCUGGGGACGGAGGAUGAUGACGAGGAGCAUAUCCCUCACGACCUCUUCACCGAAAUGGACGAGAUCUGCAUGCGCGACGGGGACGAGAGCGAAUGGAGGGAGACUGCCCGGUGGUUGAAGUUUGAGGAAGACGUGGAGGAUGGUGGGGAGCGCUGGAGCAAGCCCUACGUGGCGACACUGUCACUGCACAGCCUCUUCGAGUUGCGCAGCUGCAUCAUGAGCGGCACGGUCAUGCUCGACAUGAAGGCCAGCACACUGGAUGAGAUAGCAGACAUGGUCCUGGACAACCAGGUGUCGUCGGGCCUGCUGGACGAGAGCGUACGCGACCGAAUGCGGGACGCGCUGCUCAGGAAGCACCGGCACCAGAAUGACAGCAAGCUCAGCAACAAGAUCCCGAUCGUGAGGUCGCUGGCCGACAUGGGCAAGAAGUACUCGGAUGUUCACGUGCAAGACAAGAAUGGCCACCUCCUGUCUCCUCCGACCGCCCCCGGGCAAACGGACGUGGAGGGCAGACAGCAGGGUGACUGCCGCCAGGGGGUCAGCCGUGAUAACAGCAACAUGGACUUCAGCAAGGUGGACCUGAACUUCAUGCGCAAGAUCCCCCCGGGGGCGGAGGCCUCCAACGUGCUGGUGGGCGAGGUGGACUUCCUGGAGAGGCCACUCAUCGCCUUCGUGCGCCUCUCCCCGGCUGUGCUGCUGACGGGGAUAACUGAGGUUCCCAUCCCAACCCGGUUUCUGUUCUUUCUGCUGGGGCCACCAGGCAAGGCCCAGCAGUACCACGAGAUCGGCCGGUCCAUUGCAACUCUAAUGGCCGAUGAGAUUUUCCACGACGUCGCCUACAAAGCGAAAGACCGCAAUGACCUCCUGGCGGGGAUCGACGAGUUCCUGGACCAGGUGACGGUGCUGCCUCCCGGAGAGUGGGAUCCCUCCAUCCGCAUCGAGCCCCCUAAGAGCGUUCCCUCCCAGGAGAAGCGGAAAAUGCCGAAUGUGCCAAACGGCGGAGCGCCUGGGGCCGAGCCAGAGCAUGAGGGUCAUGGCAUGGGACCAGAGCUGCAGCGAACUGGCAGGUUGUUUGGAGGGCUCGUCGUUGACAUCAAGCGGAAGCUGCCCUGGUACUGGAGCGAUUACCGCGAUGCCCUCAGCCUGCAGUGUGUGGCCUCCUUCCUCUUCCUGUACUGCGCCUGCAUGUCUCCCGUCAUCACCUUCGGCGGACUCCUCGGGGAGGCCACCGAGAAUAGAAUAAGUGCAAUCGAGUCGCUGUUUGGCGCCUCAAUGACGGGUAUUGCGUUCUCGCUGUUCGCGGGGCAGCCCCUGACCAUCCUGGGCAGCACGGGACCCGUGCUCGUUUUUGAGAAGAUUCUCUACAAGUUCUGCAAGGACUACGGGCUGUCAUACCUGUCGCUGCGUGCGUCCAUCGGCCUAUGGACGGCGUUCCUCUGCCUGUUGCUGGUGGCCACGGACGCCAGCUCGCUCGUGUGCUACAUCACACGUUUCACCGAGGAGGCCUUUGCCUCGCUCAUCUGCAUCAUCUUCAUCUACGAGGCGCUGGAGAAGCUCGUGCACCUGGGUGAGACGUACGAAGUCAACUCUCACGGGGACUUGGAGCAGCUCACGCACUACUCGUGUUCUUGCGUGGAGCCCCAAGAUCCCAGCAAUAAGACGCUGCUGUUGUGGCAGAAUCUGAAUGUUACGCCCGACUCAAUACCCUGGGCAAACCUGACUGUCAGCACUUGUCAGCAGCUGCACGGGGACUUUGUGGGCUCGGCGUGCGGACACCACGGACCCUUCGUGCCUGACGUGCUCUUCUGGUCCGUCAUCCUCUUCUUCUGCACCGUUUUCCUCUCCGCCUUCUUCAAGCAGUUCAAGACCAUGCGCUAUUUCCCUACCAAGGUCCGAUCAACGGUCAGUGACUUUGCCGUGUUCCUCACCAUCCUGUCCAUGGUGCUGGUUGACUACGCUCUGGGGAUCCCGUCCCCAAAACUCAAGGUCCCCAGUGAAUUUAAGCCAACACGCGAUGACCGCGGCUGGUUCGUGAACCCCAUUGGAACCAACCCCUGGUGGACCUUCCCGGCAGCGCUGGUGCCUGCCCUGCUCUGCACCAUCCUCAUCUUCAUGGAUCAGCAGAUCACGGCCGUCAUCAUCAACCGCAAGGAGCACAAGCUCAAGAAGGGCUGCGGCUACCACCUGGACCUGUUGUGCGUGGCGCUGAUGCUGGGCGUGUGCUCCAUCAUGGGGCUGCCUUGGUUCGUGGCGGCCACGGUGCUCUCCAUCUCGCACGUCAACAGCCUCAAGCUCGAGUCGGAGUGCUCCGCGCCCGGCGAGCAGCCCAAAUUCCUGGGCAUCCGCGAGCAGCGCUUCACGGGGCUCAUGAUCUUCCUGCUCAUGGGCUGCUCUGUCUUCAUGACCACAGUGCUCAAGUUCAUCCCCAUGCCUGUGCUCUACGGUGUGUUCCUGUACAUGGGCGCCUCCUCCCUGCGUGGGAUCCAGCUGUUUGACCGGCUGAAGCUGUUCGGAAUGCCGGCCAAACACCAGCCCGACUUCAUCUACCUGCGCCACGUGCCGCUGCGCAAGGUGCACCUGUUCACCGUCAUCCAGGUCUCCUGCCUCGUGCUGCUCUGGGUCAUCAAGGCAUCGCCCGCCGCCAUCGUCUUCCCCAUCAUGGUGCUUGCGCUGGUGUUCAUCCGGAAACUGAUGGACCUGUGCUUCACCAACCACGAGCUGAGCUGGCUGGACGACCUCAUGCCCGAGAGCAAGAAGAAGACCCUCGAAGAUGACGACGAUGACAAGGACGAGGACCCCGACGGAAUCAUUGAAGUGUCUGACGUGGGCACCGUCCAGCUGCCCCUGAAAGGGGGGGACGUUCUCAACAUCCCCAUCAAAAGCAUCAAGUACAGUCACGAGGACCCAUCCAUCAUCAACAUCUCACAGGAAAUGGACAAGACGUCCAUGUGGAGGGCGGUGACUGGGAGCACUGAGAAGGCGGAGAGCUCUGCAACCAAGAGCCAAGAGCGUUUUAGACUGGAUGGCCACAAGGACAAGAGGUUCGGCGUUCAAACCGAGACAUCGGUGUGAAUAGGUGACCAGCUCAGCACGUGGAUCCGGGACGCGAGACUUGAGGCUCGCAAGCGAUGCCUGGAAGGGUCCACAUCGUCAUCCAAUUCAGCCAAACUGUUGGAUUCUCUCUUAUCUGGCACUUUUUACACAUUGCAGUUCAGCAGCCAUGUUUGAGAAUCUAUUGAGUCGUUGAGUAUAAUUCACCUGUUCCUCGGAAGGUAGUAUUCACUGUUAUUCAGUGUCAAAAAAUUGUUAAAUCUCCCAAAAAAUGGUGGCGAUAUAGCCAUUUUUCUGCCACAUUUUGGCAUGUACUGCCUUUUCCUGUCAACAUGUGAAUGAUACUUUACUAUUUUUUGUUCAUGACAAUUUGAUCACGCUAAAAUGUAAUAAUUCACUUGCACCAAUUUAAAUAUGCAUUGCCUCACACAAAGUGAGGUGUAUACACUCUUGUCCACUGCAAGUUUUAAAAAUGACAGUUUUGUCAAGCCAUAAAAAUUAAUGUUUUUAGAUUCCUUGAACCAAGUUACAGACCUUUGUAAACAAAAAAAGUCACCGAAAUACAUUUCAAAUACUUUAUUUUCACUAGCAAAGUUUGAAGCUACUGCACCAUUAUCUUUUCGACGUAGUUCAGUAAUAAUAUCUAUCUUGUUCAAAUAAAGAUGAGAAGAACAGAUUUUUUUUGUGCGGUUGGACUGUCAUAACACGAGGUCACCUUUUGAGCUUGAAAUUGGAUGAAAGACAGGGUGUUGGGAACGUUUGUAGAUGAUUAUGAUGUUGAUAAUAUAUUUUUUUCACCAUGCAGAAGCUCACAUUGCUCAGCCGGUUUCAUAUGUUUGCAAUUUAACAAUGUUUAUCUUACAAGGUGGUUAAAUUGGCAUCUGCAAGUGGAAAUGCUGUGUUAGGACAUCUGACUUAUUCUAUGAAAUUAUCGAUUAAAAAGGCGCCAUUUUCCCUAAUCAUCACCGAUUAUAAAUAUUUUCCUUUCAGGGCAAAGUCAAUAAAUGUGAGGUUUUUUUUUAUUUGUGCUUUUGCACCACUGCCAAUGCAGUACCACUUUAAAAUAUGGUUCAUUCAUUCAACUAGGGUUGCUCAUUUGGAAAUAAACUGAGUCCUGCCUGAUUUUGCUCAUAUUACACUCAAAUGUGCAAAAGAGCAUACUUCAAACUGGUGAUUGAGACAUCACACACUCUUGGUUUGCCUGCUAUUAUUUAUGGGGACGUUCCACAGUGUCCCAUAUACCUGAUUGACUGCCAUGGCAUCACAAGCCUUCCUGGUUGAACAGUGCAGUAGUCUGGAACCCGUUAUCAUGAAAUGUAGGUUUCAAGGCCACUAAAGAGUAUGUGUUCUGUUAGUUUACGCUUACAGUGUUAGUGUUUUAGACGUGAUCGUAUGGAUUUACAUUUCCGAGUGUGAUAAAGCAGAGCCCAUUUGUUACGUUCAUACAAUUACACGAGGUCAAACAAUAUGUUGAUGUACAGUGCAUGGAGAAAAUGUCUUAAGGCAUAAGAGAAAGCUUUCGCUUAGAACACUGAGACUGAUUACUUGAUAGGCAGUGGCACAGAGUAAACUGAUAUUUGUAAAAUACACUGAAGCCUCAUCUUGAUGUGGUAGCUGAAAAAUCUUGUUGUCGGCAGGUGCAAUGUAAGAUUGUGAAAGUACCAAUUUCCUUUGACAAACGUAAGAUUUUUGUGGUUUAAAAUUUCUGCGGGAAUCAAUUGCGUUGUUUUAUUUCACCAGUUGAGUGAGUAAUUCUGAAGGUGUAAUAUUCUUGUUUAAAAUUAGACUGAUACCAGCAAUCAUUGGCGUCCUCUUGAUAAAUUAUGUCACAGGGUAUUUUAAUAUUCCAUUUGCAAUCGACAGUAAAUCUUGACGAUGCCUUUCCAUGUCAGGAGGUGGAAAUGGAACUUGCCAUUGCAAAAAAAAGACUGGCAUGUAUACACACCGCAAGGCAUUCCUGCUACCAAAGCUGUCAGUGUGUUCCACCUCAUUUUAAGAGUUUUUCCCACAAUCCUAUUUCUCAAGGUUAUUGGUGCUCUCGCAUAUUUCCAUUGUUACCAUGUUAUAUCCGAAGUUUUGAAGGUCACGCAUUGCAAUCACUUGUCUGCUUGUAACGAAAUUAUCACAGCGUGAAUCAAUAGACUGCUUAAUCUCGCAUUACACAUUAUUUACUGAGAAUGUAUGUUUGACGCUGUUGUAUACGUGUGUUUCAGAAAAAACAAGUAUUUUCCUACCUAUUUAAGUGUAAGUGUCUUGUAGUCAAGGCCCUGCAGUGAACGGCACAACUCUUUCUCAAGUGCGUUUGAUGGUACUCCAAAAGUUGAGGUGAACAUUGAACGAAGAAAUGUUGUUUUUAACUUUGAAUUUUAUUAUGUUUUAUUUAUUCAACGUUUUAUUUUGCUGGAUGAAUUUUGUUUGCACAGCAUUAUUGUAAGCUAUUCGAUGAAUCAAAAUGAGAGCAGUGUUCUGUAAGUGUGGACAUGUUGGCUAGUUUGUUUGGUUACCUGCAGUAAUAAUCAGAAGCCAAGCGCUUGGACAUCGCUAUUGGCUUAUGCUUUCUCCUGUAAGUAAAAACCCAUGUGCCUAGCAGAGGAGGAAAACCAGAAUUCUCUUUUUCCACUUUGAAGGCCUUUGGCCAACUGCAUAAAAUGACCCUUUGAUUCACACUGAUAUCCAUUGAAAGCUAUGGGGAAAUGUCGCUUUAAAAUAGAUAUUACGCAACUGACCAAUAAUACCCAAAAGUACUGUAUUGGUCAAUGUAAUAAUUUUACCAAGACAAGAAAGAAAGAUCCAGUACCAAAUAUAUAUUUCCAAAUUUAGUGUUGGGAACCAAUGAUGUUAAGUGAUGAAGGGCAUGGUUUUUUCUCUAACCCAUUUGCUUAUUCAGACUAAAUCCGCCUCACGACUGCCAUUUACACUGCCGUACAAUAGCAAUAUAUACAAUGGGCAGGCAUUUUUUGGCAGUGGCACCUUUUUUGGGCAUUGUUAUCAAUGCCGGAGGUGUCUUUGGCCUGUGCUUGCACACCAUUGCCAGCUCAAUCCAUUAAUUUAAUGCUUCGUCAAAUCCUAGAAAGCCAGCUCCAUUAUAUGUGCACAAGUUUAUCCAUACGUUACAGCCGUAACAUAAACGAUUGGUUAAUACAAUUGGAGAAAAUGCUGCAUUUGUAUGGCAGCAACGAGAACGGCAAAUGGGUAAGUUUGUUAUUACGAGUAGCUCAUCUUUUAGGUUCUUAAUUCGUUUCACGCAGUAGUGGACGGUGUUUUUUUUCUUUGCACAUGCGGUACGUGCAGUGUAAGCCUCACAUUUCAUCCUGGUUUCAUUGCAUGGCCCCGUGUCUGCUUGUGAUGUGCAAUUUUCUGUCCCGUUGCAUUUUGCUCGUGUGGCUAACUUGUUCUACUGCAGGUGGAAGCCUGUCGUCGUUGCGUCUGGUCGUUGGUUAUUGCCCAAAUGAGUGCUCCAGUUGCUAAUGUGGUUCUAUUGUAACUCCUGCAGAGUCCAUUUAUAGGAGUUGGGUGAUGGAAUUAGAAUUGUUAUAGCUGAAUGUUUGAUAUUUUUAUAACGUCGUUACUGCUGAAAUGUUAAAAGUAAAUAUGCGACAAUUAUAGAAACGAUAAACUGUUGUAAUUGACAUUCAUUUUGUGAAAAAGUAUUACUAUAUAUGAAGUGAAGCAAGUGAGUAAUCAGCAAUGGUUGUUAACGUGUGUGAAUCUCAUCCCCACAGAAAAUAGACGUCUCGGCAUUUAUUGUGGUAAUCUGUAAAAAAAAUAUAUAGGGCUUCAGUGCUUGAGCCUGGCAGGUCCUCUCAAUCCAUUGCUGCCCACCGAGGACUGGUGCCACAGUCAAGUGAAGGGGGCAUCUACCUUGUUGUGUGUUUCUGUGAUGAGAACUCUGCUGCCUUCAAUGCCGAUGUAGUUUCAGCCGUGUUUACGUUUUGUAAUACCAGCCCUAGGAAAUCUGUUUCCACUUAUAAAAGCAAUAAACCGUUCGGGGGAAUCGCA